AUGGAGAAGCCUAUAAUACCUCAUAUUCGCACGGAAUCUCUUCCCUCUACUGAUCAUCACAAUCCGCUACAACUCAACGACGAGCAAAACUCUCCCCCGCCGAUCAGUCCCAUCUCUCCCUCUGCAUCCAUACUAUUUAGACGACCAUUUAGAAGCAGGAUACUCUUCAAAGCUGGCCACAGGCUCUUUAAGAGAACAAAGUCUCAUGAGCACUUGGCAUCACAUUCACAUGCACACACCAAGAGGACAUAUUUGUCCAAGGGAAUCAGAAGAUUCCUGAUCUGGACUGGAAUACUCAGCUUUGUUAACUGGCGGUACUGGACAGGUGCCGUUAAUCAGCCCUUGGUCUGCAACAUUGUUGGAAUGCGUUGUCCUACUUGGCCUAUUGGAGGUGUUAUCAAGGAAGGAUUCGAGAGUGUUGGUGAAGCAUUUUGGCAGAACUUUCAGGAUGGUUAUGAAGUGGGUGCCAGUUUUGUCGCUUAUGUUGGAGAAGAACCUGUGGUUGACUUGUUUGGAGGUUACCACUCGCGUCUCUUCAAGAGAAAAUAUACCAACGAAUCUCUUCAGAUCGUAUUCUCAUCGUCCAAAGCCGUAGAAGGAAUUGCUAUAGCUUAUCUAGUAGAUCGAGGAAAGCUAGAUUAUAAUGAACGCAUCGCUGCAUAUUGGCCUGAAUUCGCCCAAGGGAACAAGGAAAACGUCACUUUAGCUCAUCUUUUAGGUCAUAGAGCAGGUGUCACUUACCUUGACAACGACAACCAGCCUACUCUCCAGGAAAUAUCUGAUCUAGAUCAAAUGGCCGAACUACUAGCUCGUCAACCUCAUAAUUUCAACGGAAGUGUGGUGCAAGGCUACCAAGCUGUCACCAGAGGUUGGUAUCUCAAUGAAAUUGCCAGACGAGUAGAUGGUAGAACGUUAGGUCAGAUCAUUAGGCAAGAUAUAAUGCCAGGACUCGAUGUCGAAUUCUAUCUUGGUCUGCCACAAGACAAAGAAAAUCGAGUAUCGCCCAUCAUGGGUUAUCCAGCUCUACGAACUAUGGCCAAACUCUUGCUGCCGUCUCGAUUCCAAACCGAACCACUGCCACCAACAGUUCGUCGAGCUCUCUUUGACUCGAGCAGUAUCAGUUAUAAAGCUACCCGUGGCAGCUCACCUAAACAGAUUCGACCAUGGCCGCAUUCUCAUAACCGUAGAGAAGUGUGGGCUUCGGAAGGUCCGUCAUAUGGCGGAAUCACGAACGCGAAAAGUCUGGCCCGUCUGGCUGCGGUUAUGGCUAAUGGAGGUAGUUUUGAUGGGUUUACACUGAUUAAAAACCACUCCACAAUGAGGUCUACCGAGAUACCAUUGCCUCGACUGCCUGAUGUUGUAUUGCACCGUAACUUGACUUUUGCUACUGGAGGUUGGGCUCUUGAUGUGCGUUUUCCUGAAGCUGAAGACAUUGGAUGGGGUAAGAAGCUUGUCUUGUUUCCAUGUCAUACAUGGGCAGGUGCGGGUGGAAGUAUGAUUUGGUGGAAUCAAGAACGUCGUAUUGCCUUUAGCUAUGUCAUGAACUCUGCCGAGUUUGGAACUACUGGCGACAAACGCUCUCAUCGUCUAAUUUCCGAGCUAGUCAAAUGUCUCAAAAACAUAUCUGAUGGUAGAAAGGCUGGUGGACAACUGAAAGAUUGGGAUGAAUUCGAAUUUGGAAAGCGGCCUGUCAAGGUUGCGCCCGUGGUGCCGCUUGAAGAUGCUUCCCUUGACAAGAUGCCUGUGGACGUGCUCAAGGAACUCUGA